CAGGGAGGGAGGAGAGGCAGUGUGGUCCUGCCUCAGUCCUGGCGCUGCCUCAGGGAGGGAGAGCUCGAGAGGGAGGACGCGAGGGCAGGAUCCCGUGUCCCCACCCCCUUUAUCCUCAGCCACAGCUGGCUGCCCCUCCCCCGCCGCACAUCUGGCUGCCCCUUCAUCUCGCAUCUCAGGCUGCCGAGGCACGCCCCUCCCUCCCCCCAUCAUGCCCGGCUGCUCCCUGCUCUAGUUCUGUCCCCUAACCCCAACCCUCCCCACUUACCCCCCACCCUCACCCCACCUUAGCCAGCCCUUCCCCCUCCCCAGCCUCACCUCCCCCCUGCUGCCCAGAGCCAGAGGGAUGGUGGUAGUCACAGGGCGGGAGCCAGUCAGCCGUCGCCCGGAUGAUGCCAUGUCCAGCUCGGACGCUGAAGACGACUUUCAGGAGCCUGCCACCCCCACAGCCACCCAGGCUGGGCAUGCCCUGCCCCUGCUGCCCCAGGAGUUCCCUGAGGUUGUCCCACUCAACAUUGGAGGCAUGUACUUCACCACACGCCUAUCAACAUUACGGCGCUAUGAGGACACCAUGUUGGCAGCCAUGUUCAGUGGGCGCCACUAUAUUCCCACUGAUGCUGAGGGACGGUAUUUCAUUGACCGUGAUGGGACUCACUUUGGAGACGUGCUUAACUUCCUUCGCUCUGGCGACCUGCCCCCACGGGACCGCGUUCGGGCCGUGUACAAGGAGGCCCAAUAUUAUGCCAUCGGGCCCCUGCUGGAGCAGCUAGAGGAUGUGCAGCCGCUGAAAGGGGAGAAGGUGCGCCAGGCGUUCCUGGGGCUUAUGCCCUAUUACAAAGACCACUUGGAGCGGAUUGUGGAAAUCGCGCAGCUGCGGGCUGUCCAGCGCAAGGCCCGCUUUGCCAAGCUGAAGGUCUGUGUCUUCAAGGAGGAGAUGCCCAUCACGCCCUACGAGUGCCCCCUCUUCAACUCUUUGCGCUUCGAACGCAGCGAGAGCGACAGCCCCUUCUUUGAGCAUCACUGCGAAGUGGACGUGUCUUUCGGGCCGUGGGAGGCCGUGGCCGACGUCUACGACCUGCUACACUGCCUGGUCACGGACCUCUCUGCCCAGGGCCUCACGGUGGAUCACCAGUGUAUCGGGGUCUGCGACAAGCAUCUGGUCAACCACUAUUACUGCAAGAGGCCCAUCUAUGAGUUCAAGAUCACAUGGUGGGUCCAGCUGGGAGAAAGGGAAUGGAAUAUGCGAGAUAUGCCGGAAUGAGCUCCCUAAACUCCCCAUGCUGCUGAAGAAGAAGGAUCUGCUUUUAUCAAGUUACCUACUCCAAAUAUCCCUGAUCAGUUUCUCCUCUUGGGACCCAGAGAGACCCUUCUUCCUCACCAAGCACCUUUCUCAUCCCCUUUGGGGUCUGUGACCAGAGCUGCCAAAGGCCUGUGCCCGGUUCGCCUUAGAAAAACCAGUGUUUACAGCCCUGAUUUGGGCACUGGUUCCUGCUCUCCCCCCUCCCUUCCCCAGCCCCUUCCUCACCAUUCCCCCACCCCCUGCACAGGGCUAUUUCCCAUGGAGCUGAGAUGCAAACAGCAGAGGCUGAAGGGAGGCAGGGAUAGACAUGGAGCCUCCAUACACGCUGAGUCACAGCAUCCUUGUCCACAUUCCUGGCUGCUGUGUUCAGUGUGCAACUCAUAGCUGUAGAACAAAGCCACUCUAGAGUCCACCACCAUGAGACCUUGUUAUGAUAAUCUGCUUAAGUCUCUCCCUCAGGGAGGCCCUGAGUUCUGAAGGAUAAAAGGAGGGAUUGAAUGUCUCCCCAAGGGCUUGUAGGUAAGACAGCAAUAAUUCCCAAGAAUACUUGGGUGUCUAUAUUUUGAAGAUUUUAAAAGAUCCAGAACAUCUCUGGGCUGAUCCCUUCUCCCUAAGGAAGCUGUUUGGGUUAUGGACAUGCCCUUCCUGCAGGCUUGGACAGUCAAGUGGUGGCACUCAGCGAUCCCCCAGUCAGCAUCUCCACCACUCCCUCGUUCCACAGUAGGACGUGUCAGGGCUGCUUGGAGAGAGUUCCAUUCCUACAGUCACAUCUGUAUUCAAAUCAAUAUCCAUGAACUAUAAAGGGUGUCUUAUGUGGUCAGUUCUGGUUGGCCCAGCCCUAUUGGCCCCAUGCAUAUAAGGAUUGGUUGACUUAGCCCGGGGCAUCUAAAGAUGCUGCCAGAAUCCUGCUAGCGUGACAAAGUCUGAACCCAGGAAGCCCAGCCAGAGCCCUCCACUGAACCUGUGUGCAACGUCUUUGACGUGUCCCUGUGCAAAGCUGUCUGCUCCAUAGGAGAAGUGGCCCUGAGGCAAUGAGUGACAGGAUACCCAGCACCUAGCAGAAUGCCUGCCACAUAGGAGAGGCGUAAUAAAUGCUGAAUGAAUGAAUGAAUGAAUGAAUGAAUGAAUGAAUGAAUGAAUGAAUACCAGCACUGGGCAAGAAGAAGUAGGAGGCAGUGGAGUGGAGGACCAGAAAGAGGCUUUCGAUCUAAGUUGGCAGGACAGUUGUCUUCUGCAUUUUCAGAUACCCUUUCACAUCUAAAAGGCAGCUGGAAUUGUUUGUUUUGGGGUCCAUGUUCCUGCAUGGUGCUGGGUGUUGCUAACCGUGUGUCCAGUCGCAUUGAGCUUAGCAGAAGUCUUUUUUUUACUUCACUGAGUGGUGUUACUGCCUAAUGCGUGUUCGUUUUUUGACAGACACUGAGCCAAGCUAUUGAGGAGGAUGUCAGUGUGAGUAGAGCGCAGAUUACUACCACCAUUGCUGGCAGUAACCCGCAUUGGCCUCUCUCCCCCUGCCCCCUCCUGCUCCCACCACAGAGCAUCGCAGUGUAUUUAUUUAGAAUCCACAUGGGCAAGGCCCAGAAUGACUGGUUUCCGAAAGCCCCUGCAGGCCUUCUUGAGGGCUGACCAGGAUGCUGGGUGAGAACAGCGUCCCCCAUCUCUCUGGAAGGUCAUUCUCUGUUAACUCUGUCGUGCCAUUCUUUUGAUGACCGUGUUUCGCUGUGUGUCCUUCUGGGGAGACUAGGGCUGCCACGAAGGGUCAUCCCUGGCCGCGUUUAGGGAACUUUUUCUAGAGCUAGCAACAGACCCUUGUAGCAGGCCAAGCUUGGCCUGCCCUCUGUCUAGGACCUGAAGCUGAGUUGGAAGGCAGAUAAAACAUUCUGUAGUCUAUAGUCAUCACAGCUGAAGGGGAGGAGGGAAAGAAAGGUGACUGCUAGUUAGCAGGCCAAGGGCUGAUGGGAAUAAAACCCCUUCUCUGGGAACAUUCUUCUGGUCCCCAGAGAGCUCCUCUAAUUAUUGGUGGGGCUAGGACCUUUUGUAUCCCCCAGCCCCUCUGUAACUUCAGUCAUCUAAGCCAAGAGGGGGCAAGGUCCCAAGAGAGCCUUAGAAACACCUCCUCCCCAAAUGCUCACAAUGUAGUUUAUUUGAAUUCUUGCAACUUCACGGAACCCACUGCCCCCCCCCUAAAAAUGAAACUAGAUGCGUUCUCUUCAGGGACGGACCAAGAGAAACGACUCAUUGGACUGGUUUGUGGAUCAGGAAUUUUGAGGAGGAAGAGGCCUAUAGAGACCUUCUAGUCUAGUCUAGUCCCCUCAUUCUGCAAAUGGGGAAACUGAGGCUCUGAGAGUUGGACUCGUCCAAGUCACAAAAUGACCAAGGUGUGAUUUGCACACAGGUCCUCCAUCUCCAAACCCAUUGCUCUUCCCACUGUACCAUAGGUACUGGAGAACAGGAGAAUUCAAAGGUUAGGCUACAUUGGGAGACAGGAGGCUGGCUAGAGCAGGAGCUUCUGAAGUGGUUGGCUCCCCACGGUCACUGGCCUGGCAAGUUAAGAACAUCAGAUUUGGGGGCCGGGCUGUCGGCUGUCUCUCCCCAGAUGAGCUAACUGUCAUUCGCUGACCGGGAGAGAGACGUGGGGCCGUCCCCUUCCCACACAGUUCAUCCAGAUGCUCCCUCUGGGCUGGCUCGUCUUCGGCCUACGAUCUGCUGGGGGCUUUCUGAGGAAGGCUUCUCAGGUUGGGUCAGGGGAUUUAUCGCCCUCCUGGGUGGUUGGUUGUUCUGUCUGAGGCCCUGGUGAUGUGGUGGUGGUGGUGCUACAGAAAGCGUCAAGGUCGCCGGGCAUGCGUCGUUUCUUAUGCAACCUUGGGCUCAGGGCACACAGGGGUGAGCCCUCUUGAAAGAGUUAAAAAUAUCUUCCCAUCUUGUAAGCACUCUGUUUCCAGAAAGAACCUCUCUUACACACACACACACACACACACACACACACACACACGCACACGCACACGCACACGCACACAACACAC